UUUGUUCUCUCCGCCCAAAUAAUCAACUCUCUCUUUUAGUGUAUAAUAUAUAUAGUUAUAUAUAAGUGGCAUUUGAAUCUUUAUUCUACUACUGCAUUUUUCUGUCUUUGAAUCAAGAAUCCUAUUUUGUUUUGUAAAUGGCUGGCAUUAUACAAGGAAUUGGUGCACUUACCUCAGCUAAUUCUUUUGAUACCAAGAAAUCACUUUUUGCUAAUUCUCCCACAUCUUUAUCAGAGAGGAAAGGAAGAGUUUUUGUGGUUAGAUCUGAUGGACGUUUAAGCUAUGGUUCGAACGGACGUGGUGGAAGAGCUGAACAAUUAAUUACUAAUGCUGUUGCUGCAAAACAAGAUAUUGCUGCAGCUUCAACUUCAUCCAAACCAGGGCAUGAGCUAUUGCUCUUUGAGGCUCUCCGUGAAGGCCUUGAAGAAGAGAUGGACAGAGAUCCCACUGUUUGUGUAAUGGGUGAAGAUGUUGGUCAUUAUGGAGGUUCAUACAAGGUGACUAAAGGCCUUGCCCCGAAAUUUGGUGAUCUCAGGGUUCUUGACACUCCCAUUGCUGAGAACUCUUUCACUGGUAUGGGCAUUGGAGCUGCAAUGACUGGCUUACGUCCAAUUGUUGAAGGAAUGAACAUGGGAUUUCUUCUUCUAGCCUUCAACCAGAUAUCUAACAACUGUGGUAUGCUCCAUUACACAUCGGGUGGCCAGUUUAAGAUUCCAAUCGUCAUCCGAGGUCCUGGUGGGGUUGGUCGACAGCUCGGAGCAGAACACUCUCAACGCCUUGAGUCAUAUUUCCAGUCAAUUCCUGGUAUCCAGAUGGUUGCCUGUUCAACCCCUUACAAUGCCAAGGGCUUGAUGAAGGCAGCUAUCAGAAGCGAUAACCCUGUGAUUCUGUUUGAGCAUGUUUUGCUCUACAACCUUAAGGAGAGAAUUCCAGAUGAAGAAUAUGUGUUGAAUCUUGAAGAAGCAGAGAUGGUAAGACCUGGGGAGCAUGUUACCAUUCUAACUUAUUCCAGGAUGAGGUAUCAUGUGAUGCAGGCUGUGAAGACACUUGUGGACAAGGGUUAUGAUCCCGAGGUCAUUGACAUCAGGUCUCUGAAACCAUUUGACCUUUACACCAUCGGGAAUUCAGUGAAGAAGACUCAUCGUGUGCUCAUUGUCGAGGAAUGUAUGCGGACAGGAGGUAUUGGUGCCAGCUUGACAGCUGCUAUAACCGAGAACUUUAAUGACUGUCUAGAUGCCCCGAUCGUGUGUCUGUCAUCACAGGAUGUGCCAACUCCGUAUGCUGGGACGUUGGAGAACUGGACUGUUGUUCAACCUCCCCAGAUUGUUACUGCAGUUGAACAGCUUUGCCAGUGAUCAAAGUGGUAGAAGCCCGUUGGUAAUUAUGCCAUUAUGUUCCGUCACUUAUGUCAUAGUUAAGUCUUUAAAAUUCAACUUCUGAUUGUUUUUAAUGUCUGAUUUUGCUAAAGGUUUUAGUUUUUGGAACUUGCAAGUUCUAGUUAAGGUAACAAGACUUCAUGGAAACAUUAUCAUUGUUUUGUUUCAUUAAAGACUAGAGUUUAGCUCUAUUUGAUAAUUAAA